AUGUCCUUCGACACCACCCCGACCCCGUCCUUCAACGCAUCCGACCCACACGCCCGCUUCCUCAACUCCUCCUGCCUCGACCUCCUCUUCAUCGAGCUCGUGCCCAUGGCCGAACGACUAGUCCAGGAACUAGAAGCGAAUAAUGCCCCAGACGGCGAAGGCGUUGCUGGCGGGAAAGCGUUGGAUGAAGAGGAGUUGCGGGAAGCUACGUUUUAUAAGUUGGAGAGUUUGGGAUAUCGGGUGGGCUUGGGGCUGGCGGAGCGGUUGUUGGGACGGCGAAUACAGCGGUGGAGAGUGCUGGGUCAUGGAUGCGGGCGGUCCAUGACCGGUUACAGUGAGGCUGUUGUCCCGCGGCCUCGAGGGCGCAACUAG